CCGGCCCUGCGCUUCCCGCCCGGCGUCCCCGAGGCCGCGCCACGCGGUGAGCGCCCCCGGCUGGCCAGACCCUGAGACCCGACCGACGCCCGGACCUGCCGGCACCUGGGGACCCGCCGACACCCCAGGACGCGCCGACACCCCGGGACCCGCCGACACCCACACCCGGGGACGCGCCGACCCUCCGAGACCCGCCGACUGCCCGGGACCCGCCGCCGCUCAAGAUGCCCAGAGGCUGCGCCCUCCUGCUCGCCUCCCUGCUCCUCGCCGCGGCCCUUUCAGCCGCCCCGGGGCUCGGGUCACCGGUGAAGGAAAAGAGAGGCUGGACCCUGAACAGCGCUGGCUACCUUCUCGGUCCACAUGCCAUCGACAACCACAGAUCAUUUCAUGACAAGCACGGCCUCGCUGGCAAGAGGGAACUCCAGCCUGAAGACGAAGGGAGGCCAGGAAGCUAUGACAGGCCGCUGCCCGAGAACAAUGUUGUGCGCACGAUAAUCGAGUUUCUGAAUUUCUUGCAUCUCAAAGAGGCUGGGGCCCUGGAGCACCUGCCCGAUCUCCUGCCAGUAGCCUCCGCGGAAGACACGGAGCAGGCCUGAGGACGCCCGCAGGCACCUGUGUGUGCGCUGUCAUGGAAAGUCAAACUUUAAGAUGCUGGCUGCUAUGCCAGCUGCCGCAGGGUAAACCGCUCCAGUCCUCUCUGCUGGAUGCUGUGCUGUUCUCAUGUGAAGUUUUCGUCCUUUGGUA